AUACAGAAGGCUGAACCUUUGCUCUCAAAGUUUUCAGGAUGCACUGGAGAGGCACAGUCCUAUACAAAGGGUGGAGCAGAGGACCACAGUAGUUAUUGUCAGAGCGCCACCGGCGUACAAAGGAAGGUGGGGGCAGUUGGGGGCCGCGGAGCUGGGUGCGGAAGGACAAUGAGUUUAACUCAGAGUGGGGACCAUAGUUCCCGCUGGCGGGAACCGGAUGAGCCCGGGCAGCGCUGGGGCACAGAGCCGCCGGCAGCCGGGCGCGGCGAGGGCCUAAGAUCUGGCGCAAGGGGGUUAGUAUCUCUGGGCCGCGGCUCAGAAACAUUGGCGACUACCCUGUCAAAGCGCUCGGGGAAACGGCAAAAUUCGUUGUUUUUCGCGGAGGCACGACCCCGGCGGUUAAGGCAGGAAGCCGGUGAGGAGGCAGCCGCCGAGAACCGAGUCCUCCACGCCCCCAGCCCCGGCGUGCUAAAGCCGAUGCUCUUGAUCACAGACCCGAGGAAAGAAAAAAGACCCGGGGGCGAGGCUGACCCCGCGGGGCGGACUCGGCAGAGCCCGGCGGGUGGCGCGCGGCCCCCGCGGCCCGGUGGCUCCGCGUCCUCGCCCCGGAGCGAUCCCCGGCGGCUCCCGGCCGCGCACGAGGAAGCCGAGCCCGCGGCCCCCGCCGCCCCCGCCGCCCCUCGGCUCCUCCGGUCGCCGCGGCCGCGCCGGCUCCACAGCCUGGAAACCCGGGCCUAGCCCGCGGCCGAGCCUCCUGCGCCCUCCUCGCCGUGACGAAUCGGCGCCCGGCCGGGAAAAUACCCAAUUCGGCGAGUUCCGAGGAAUCUAGGAGGCCUGAAAAAAAUCUUCGGUUCUACUAAGCGUCACUGCGUCCUCACUAAAAGCUAAUUUUUCUCAAAAGAGUCGGACGGGGCUCGGGGAAAAAAAUUCAGAGGCGUGUUGAAAGUGCGAGCGCGGAAGCGCCGGGCGCGAGGGGCGGGGCGUGCGCCGGACAAAGGGAAGCGGAGCCGGAGCUGCGGGCGCUUUUCCUGCCCGCCGUGUCUCAGAUUCAUUCUUAAGGAACUGAGAACUUAAUCUUCCAAAAUGUCAAAAAGACCAUCUUAUGCCCCACCUCCCACCCCAGCUCCUGCAACACAAAUGCCCAGCACACCAGGGUUUGUGGGAUACAAUCCAUACAGUCAUCUCGCCUACAACAACUACAGGCUGGGAGGGAACCCGGGCACCAACAGCCGGGUCACGGCAUCCUCUGGUAUUACGAUUCCAAAACCCCCAAAGCCACCAGAUAAGCCGCUGAUGCCCUACAUGAGGUACAGCAGAAAGGUCUGGGACCAAGUAAAGGCUUCUAACCCUGACCUGAAGUUGUGGGAGAUUGGCAAGAUUAUUGGUGGCAUGUGGCGAGAUCUUACUGAUGAAGAGAAACAAGAAUAUUUAAAUGAAUACGAAGCAGAAAAGAUAGAGUACAAUGAAUCUAUGAAGGCCUAUCAUAAUUCCCCUGCGUACCUUGCUUACAUAAAUGCAAAAAGUCGUGCAGAAGCUGCUUUAGAGGAAGAAAGUCGACAGAGACAGUCUCGCAUGGAGAAAGGAGAACCUUACAUGAGCAUUCAGCCUGCUGAAGAUCCAGAUGAUUAUGAUGAUGGCUUUUCAAUGAAGCAUACAGCCACUGCCCGUUUCCAGAGAAACCACCGCCUCAUCAGUGAAAUCCUUAGUGAGAGUGUGGUGCCGGACGUUCGGUCAGUUGUCACAACAGCUAGGAUGCAGGUCCUCAAACGACAGGUCCAGUCUUUAAUGGUUCAUCAGCGAAAACUAGAAGCUGAACUUCUUCAAAUAGAGGAACGACAUCAAGAAAAGAAGAGGAAAUUUCUGGAAAGCACAGAUUCAUUUAACAAUGAACUUAAAAGGUUGUGCGGUCUGAAGGUAGAAGUGGAUAUGGAGAAGAUCGCCGCCGAGAUUGCGCAGGCAGAGGAGCAGGCCCGCAAGAGGCAGGAGGAGAGGGAGAAGGAGGCCGCCGAGCAGGCCGAGCGCAGCCAGAGCAGCGUCGUCCCUGAGGAGGAGCAAGCGGCGAGCAAAGCUGAGGAAAAGAAAGACGAUGAGAACAUUCCAAUGGAGACAGAGGAGACACACCUUGAAGAAACGACAGAGAGCCAGCAGAAUGGUGAAGAAGGCACAUCAACUCCUGACGACAAGGAGAGUGGGCAGGAGGGGGCCGACAGCACGGCCGAGGAAGGAACCAGUGACAGCAACACGGGCUCAGAGAGCAACAGUGCCACCGUGGAGGAGCCACCAGCAGAUCCCAUACCAGAAGAUGAGAAAAAGGAAUAGAUGCUGCCUUGUUUUAUGUGUUCUAAAUACUUUUCUAAAUGAAAAAAUGUUUUUUGGUUUUAAUGGU